AUGAACGACACCCACUGGCUCGCCCGCUUCGACGAGCUCGUCAAAUCCGGUGCCGUCUCCUACGACGCCAACCAAGAAACAAUCGAACACAUCGAAGGCGACCUCAAGGUACCCCUCACCGCAAAACCCCACACCAUCAGCUCUCCCACCUCCACCUCCAACCCAUCCCCAACCCUCCGCCCGGGCUCCGACAUCUCCACAACAGGCUACGAACUCACCCCCAUCGGCCCCCAGCAUUUCCUCGCCAUCAACAAAUUCAGCUACGCCCGUCCCCACCUCAUGCUCCUCACCUCCGACGCCCACCGUCGGCAACACGAACCCCUCUCCCUCUCCGACCUCGCCGCCGCUUGGACGCUACUGACCCUCGCCGUCGAGAACGACUACAUGGUCUUCUUCAACGGCGGCAAAGAAGCGGGGUGUAGUCGUGCGCAUAAGCAUUUACAGAUGCUUCCCUUACCCAAGCAUUCACUCGCUGCGUUCCUGGACUCGGAUGAGGACGAGGAAGGUGGUGUAGAGCCGGCGGUGUCGUUUCAGUGGGUUUGGCAGAGGUUUGGGAAAGGGGAUCUUAUCACGCCGGAGGGGUUGAAGGAAGCUUAUGAUGCUUUGAUGGAGAAGGCGGAAGCGUGCUGUGGUCGGAAGGAGGAUGCGGUGGAAGGCGCGGCGUGUCCGCAUAAUUUUCUGCUGACGAAGCGGUGGAUGUUGGUUGUUCCGAGUGGAAUUAGUAAGGAGGUGGGAGCGAAUUCGAUGGGUGUUAUUGGGGUCUUGCCGUGUACGACGCGGGCGGAUAUGGAGGUUUGGAAGGAGGUUGGGGUUGGGAAGGGGUUGGCGAUGAUUGGGGUGCCGAGAGAGGAGUGA